AUCCCCGAAGAGAUAGAGACAGAGACGGAUGGAGGAGUUCAUCAGUCUCGGCGGCGACGAACCUGAGCCUCGCGCCUCGGAAGAUCUCGACCAACCCCAAGUCCAAGCCCAAGUCGAUUUGAAUCUGAAUCUGAAUCACGCACCACCACCAAAGACGGAGACGGAGCCUCUGCCAUCCCACCACCAGCCACAAGACAGCGGCGUCGUCGUCCUCGAGGAAGGCCAGAUCGCCUGCCAAGAAUCUUCUUCUGCUGCUGCUGUCCAAGAUGCGCAGGCCAAGGCCCAAGAAGAAGCCCUGCUGCGAGCAAAUGGAGUGGGGCCUCCUCCCCCAUCCCGCCAACAACCGCAGGCCACAAAGGCCGCCGCUUGUGAUGACAUCAUCGAUCUCGAAGAAGGCCAGGUUGAGGACAUGGACCUCUCCGACGACAAUGCCGUAGUCGUCGUCGUUACAAAGCAGCAUGGUGCUGUUUCAGCUGAAACACCCAAGGGCAACAAUGUUGGGCCUUCCCUUUCGACACCGAACAGCGCCUUUAUCGACCAAAGCCCCACAAGAGGAGUUAAAAGAGCCCGUGCCGAAUCAACCGAGCCCUCUGUCCGUGUAGUCUACAACAACUUGACAAGGGAAAGCAAAAGGAAGCUCAUGGAACUGAUGCAACAAUGGUCCGAGUGGCAAGCUAGAAAGCAGCACGCCUCGACGGAAACUGUGGAACAAGUCUUGGACUGUGGUGAAGAGACUUAUUAUCCAGCAUUACAUGUUGGUUCAGAGAGAUCCUGUGCUGUGUCAUUCUGGGUGGAUAGCCAAGCACGAGGAAAUGCUGCUGUGGAUGAUGGUGCGGUGCCACUGUAUGAUCGAGAAUUUACAUUGGGUUCAACUCCUAUGGGUGAUUCAUCAAACGCUGAAGGCAAGAAAGAUAAGGAUGAUUCUCGCUGUUUCAACUGUGGUUCGUAUAGCCAUGCUCUGAAGGAUUGCCCAAAGCCUCGUGACCAUGUUGCAAUUAGCAAUGCCCGCAAGCAGCACAACUUGAAAAGGAACCUAUCUAAUGUUGGUAAUCGUGGACAAAAUCGGUACUACCAGAAGACGCCAGGCAAAUUUGAUGAUCUCAAGGCAGGAGUCCUGGGAUCUGAGACUAGAGAAUGCUUGGGACUCAGGGAAAAUGACCCGCCGCCGUGGCUGCACAGGAUGCGUGAAUUGGGUUAUCCUCCAGGUUACCUAGAUGAGGUGGAAGAUGAAGACAAACCAUCUGGCAUCACCAUAUUUGGGGACGGGGAGGUGAAGGAAGAGCAGCAGCAGCACGAGGAGGGAGAGCUUCCGGAGAAGGGCGAAGCAUCCCCACCUCGCAAGAGGAUGACGGUGGAGUUCCCUGGAAUAAACGCGCCCGUCCCAGAGAACGGCGACCCUUGGCUCUGGGGCAGCGCUCCUCCGCCCCCUCUUCAGUCCUCCUCGGGCCGUCACAACCAGCACUCGUCAUCAGAUUCGAGGGAUAGAGCUCCUCCUGCUCCUCCAGGCGUUGAGCAUUACUCGUCAUCGAGGUAUCACUCAUACGACUACGGACCGGCGAUCCCUGGUGCCGGAAGAAGAAGCUCAUCUGGUUAUGACGAUGGUGCCUGGACCCCGAGCCCUUCGUUUUCGAGCAGGCAGCACUUAGGGUCGGGGGGAUCGAGGGAGAGGGAGAGGGAGAGGGAGAGGGAAAGGGAAAGGGACAGAGAGAGGGACAGGCACUACUACAGCAACAGGAGGUGAAUGGAACAUGUUUGUGUAGCUGAGAGACCUCAAUUUUGUUUAGUACCAAAUUUACCAGCAGUUGAAGAAGCCUUUACCUAUCUAUCAUGUCAUUGUUGGUAUACUAGACAUUGCAUUACAUGGCUGUGGUUUAUAACAAAAAAAAAAAAAAAAAAACAGCCUCUCAGAAUGAAUAUUCGUUAGCACUUGCAA